AUGCCGAGCUCUAGUCGCUUUAUUUUGUCGAUUCCUCGUUCAAAAUCGAGAGGAAUGUGGGGGCCUACCCAACGUGGAUAUGAGACGCAGACCGGAACCAUGCUUAUGAGCAUCGAUGAACUGAUAGGAUGUCUCUACGUCGCAUCGGGCAUCAAACACGAAUGGGACGUGGAUGACGUAGUCGAGGACCUGUUCCCAUAUCUCUGGUGGAAGAUAAGGAACACUUUUUCGCGAAUGGAAUAA